UGUGACAAACGAUUUGCUGCCAAGGAGACGUUGAACCGGCAUCUACGAAUUCAUACAGGUGAAAAACCUCACCAAUGCCAAUUCUGUGGGAAAUCCUUCAUACAGGCAUCUCAGUUGAGAGCCCAUAUCUUCCAUCACACGGGGGAGAACGCCUACACAUGUCCGCAUUGUAACCGUGCUUUCAACAGGAGGCUCAGGUUAACCACCCACAUAAAGUUUAUGCACGAAGGAGAGGAGCCUCUGCCUUGUCCCAAAUGUGACAAGACUUUUUUCAGAAAAGAGGAUGUGGCGCGACACAUGUUGAGUCACAGCGGGGAGAAAC